UAAAUUAAGUUCAAUCUGUUCUUCUAAUUUCGCAUUAGUGACAAUUGAAAUAUUUUUUGUUAAACUUCUCCCACAGGACAGUCUGAUCAUUGAAAAUGUGUUAUGGAUGUGAAUGCUAAAGCUUGAAGCUGGAGGACUUUUUAACGGAAGUCAACAAGGUAUAUGCUGGAAUUUAUUGUGCUAAACUGGUUGAGAAUAUUUCACAAUGAGGCCUUCUCAAAACCCUGAGGAUAUGAAUAAGCUCAACAUGUUCUAUAACCAGCCCGGAGAGGAUCAAGAAUCAGUUUCCCUGCCUUCCAUUAACAAUCCAAACAACAGCCAAUCGUUCUAUGCUGAUCUUGGUCAGCGGACACAGUUCUCUGCCUUAAAACCCGAUCAAAUCUGCUAUGUUGACUCAUCCAAUGGAAAUUCUAGUGAAUUUGUUUCUGAUAUAUGUCCUUCAGAAAUGCAUCAUUCUCCUGAUGAUACGUAUCACUCUUCAGGUAACAGUUCGUGUUUCACUAGUGAUGUUACUGACCUGAAGCACAAAUUAAGGGAACUUGAAAAUGCCAUGCUGGGGCCCGAUUUAGAAAGCUUGGAAUCAUAUAAUACUACACCAUCGGCUGCAGCCAAUCAAAUUUCAUCGGAGUCGGAUAAAUUGGUUGAAAUGCUAACUGCUUGUGCUAAAGCAAUAGAGGAGAAUAAUUUGAUAACAGCUGAAUGGUUAAUGUCGGAACUACGCUCGGUGGUAUCAGUUUGUGGGUCCCCAAUACAACGUUUAGGAGCCUAUAUGCUGGAAGGUUUAGUUGCAAGAUUGGCCUCCUCGGGUAGCUCCAUCUACAAGGCCUUGAGGUGCAAAGAGCCUACUAGCGUUGAGUUAUUCUCGUACAUGCACUUGCUUUAUGAAAUCUGCCCGUACUUCAAGUUUGGAUAUUUGUCAGCAAAUGGUGCAAUUGUUGAUGCCAUGAAAGAUGAGAACUCGAUUCAUAUAAUCGAUUUCCAGAUCGCCCAGGGUAGCCAGUGGAUCACAUUAAUCCAUGCUCUUGCAGCCCGGCCUGGUGGACCCCCACGAAUCUGCAUCACAGGGAUUGAUGAUUCCACAUCGGCUUACGCCAGAGGAGGAGGGAUAGAAAUUGUCGGUCAGAGGUUAUCGAGUGUUGCUGCAUCUUGCAAUGUACCUUUCGAAUUUCAUCCCGUGGCUGCUUCUUGUUCCGACGUUGAGAUUGAGCAUCUUAAGGUUCGGCGGGGGGAACCGUUGGCUGUGAAUUUUGCACUCGUCCUGCACCAUAUGCCCGAUGAGAGCGUGGGCACUCAAAAUCACAGAGACCGGCUUCUAAGGAUGGUUAAAAGUUUAUCUCCCAAGAUUGUGACCUUAGUCGAGCAAGAGUCCAACACUAAUACAGCUCAGUUCUUUCCAAGGUUUUUGGAGACAUUGAACUACUACCUAUCCGUAUUCGAAUCGAUAGAUGUGGCUCUACCUAGGGACCAUAAACAACGAAUCAACGUCGAGCAACAUUGCUUGGCCCGGGAAAUUGUGAACAUAUUAGCAUGUGAAGGGGCAGAAAGAGUGGAGCGUCAUGAGCUUCUUGAAAGGUGGAGGUCACGCUUUUUUAUGGCUGGGUUUAAACCGUAUCCGUUAAGCUCUUCAGUAAAUGCUACUAUCAAGAACUUACUGGAUAAUUAUUACAAGAGUUAUACGCUUGACGAGAGAAAUGGCGCUCUUUAUCUUGGCUGGAUGAAUCGAGAUUUAGUUGCCUCUUGUGCUUGGAAAUAGUAGUAUCCUACCGUGAGUAGGUGCAUGUAACUUGUAGCUUGAUAAUGGUAAGAGAUAGUAGACCUUUUUUUUCUGUUCGUGUUAAGUUAAAAGCACUUUAAUUUAAUCUUGUUAGGAUCUGUUCUAUCAGAAACUAAUCAGUUUGUUU